UACAGUGUACUGAACGGCAAGCUCAUAGAAAAAUAAACAAAAAGGAAGCUAUCGAAAUUGAUUGAGCAUGGGCGUAACCGUGUUGCAACCAUAUCCACUCCCAGAGGGCAAGUCUGGAGCCCACAUCAUGGACCAUCUUGGCAAGCGUCUACUCUCGCUGGGCGCAUCGCAUGCCGGCCAAUUUUUGGUGGACUGCGAGACAUUCAUCUCGACGCCGCAGCACGGGACGCCGGCUCGAGCAGUGCAUGUGCUGCACAACUCCGAGUAUCCGGCUUCCACGUUCUCCAUAAUCGACAAUGGCACCGGCAAGCAAGUGGCCAUCGUGGCCGACAACAUUUUCGACUUGCUAAUGCUUAAAAUGACUUCCAUAUUCACAUCAAAGAAGCAAACGAAGAUUGAGUCGCGCGGCGCCCGCUUUGAGUACGGCGAUUUUGUCAUCAAGCUCGGCUCUGUCACCAUGAUGGAGCACUUCAAGGGCAUCCUCAUCGAGAUCGAGUACAGGCCCUGCAUCACGCUCUCCUAUUGCUGGGAAAUGAUACGCGAAAUGCUGCAAGGCUUCCUCGGCAUCAACGUGCCCAAGGAGUAUCCCACUUACUUCACCACUCAGACCAUCAUGAAUGCCAUGGGCCAGCAGCAGCUGCACGCCAAGCAGAACGACCUCUACGAGCCAAUGGACACGGUCAAGCAAUACCUCGAGCACUUCACCAACUACCGCAAACACGUCCAGAUGCACGGUUCGAUGGCCAGCUCCACUGCCUCCAUCAGCUCAGUGAUGCUGCCCUCGUCUGUUGGGAUGGGGCGACCCUGAUGCGAGGUGAAGCUGGAGCCGCCAGAUACCACCUAACCAGCCGGCCAACAGCGGUUCUUUUCUAUU